AUGUACGGCAUGUUUAAGAAAGUCAAUGCUCGGGAGAGGAUAGUUGGUUGGUAUCACACCGGACCCAAACUGCACAAAAACGAUAUUGCAAUCAACGAGCUGAUGAAGAGAUAUUGUCCAAAUUCCGUACUCGUCAUCAUUGAUGUGAAGCCAAAAGAUCUGGGCCUUCCCACUGAGGCGUACAUCUCUGUGGAGGAAGUUCAUGACGACGGAACUCCAACCUCAAAGACCUUUGAACAUGUCACCAGUGAGAUUGGUGCUGAGGGAGCCGAAGAAGUUGGGGUGGAGCACUUGUUACGAGACAUCAAAGACACUACCGUGGGGACCUUGUCGCAGCGAAUUACCAAUCAGGUCCAUGGGCUGAAAGGACUCAACUCCAAACUGUUGGACAUCAGGAGUUACCUUGAGAAAGUGUCCACGGGCAAACUGCCCAUCAACCACCAGAUCAUCUACCAACUGCAGGACGUCUUCAACCUCCUGCCGGACGUCAACCUGCAGGAGUUCGUCAAGGCCUUCUACCUAAAGACUAAUGAUCAGAUGCUGGUGGUCUACCUGGCCUCCCUCAUCCGCUCGGUAGUCGCCCUUCACAAUCUCAUCAACAAUAAGAUUGCCAACCGAGACGCCGAGAAGAAGGAGGGGCAGGAGAAGGAAGAGAGCAAGAAAGAAAGGAAAGACGAAAAGGAGAAAGAAAAAGCCGACUCAAAGAAAGAGGAAAAGAAGGAGAAGAAAUAA